AUGUUUAUAACCAGCUACUUUGAUCGUAAAUAUAAAUUAAGUGAAAAGAGAGAACAAAAAAUUGAAAAUGAUGGAUGCAAGAAAACAAAUAUAGAACAGGUUUUAAAAAAUGCUUUAAUUUCAUAUAAGGAGAAAUUAAGUGUAGUAGAUGAGGAAAAUAAAAAAGAGAAAAUAAAGGAAAUUUUAUCGCAAUUGUUAAAAAAAAGGUUGAAAAGAAAUGAUAAUGUAACUACUGGUAUAAACCUUACUUACGAUGAUACUAAUAAUGACCGAACAACAAAUGAUGAAAAUGAACCUUUCCAUAAUGAUUUUUAUUUAGAUAAUAGUGGUAUACAUAUAAAUAAUAAAGAGGGCGGAAUAGGGAGCAUUUUAAAAGAGAACAAAAGUUUAAAAUAUUGUGCACAAAAUAUAUUGUUACUAGGCACAUAUCUAGAACAUGAUAAAUUAAAAAAUAUGAACAUACAGGAUAUAUAUAAUAUUAUUGAUACAUAUAUAUCAAAAAAUAAACACGAAAUUGAUGAAAUUAAGGAGAAGUUAAAAGUAGAAUCGGAAAAGGAAUUAACAAGGGUAAAAAAUGAUUUAUGUACAAUUCAUGCUAUAAAGAAGGAAUUAGCUAGUAUUAAAAUUAUAGAAGAAGAGAACGGUUGUAUAAAUGCAGCGGAAUAUAUGAUAAGAGAAAUGAAAAAUAUACAAAAACUAAAAAAACAAAAAGAAUAUAUUAUAUGUUUAAAAAAUUCGUUAAUAAAACUAGAACAAGCCAAGAAAUGUGCUGUUAGUGGGAAAUAUGAUGAAACUCUUAUCAUCAUAUUAGAUAUUGUAAAAGUAUUGCAUGUAUUUAAAAAAAAUAUGAAAGAACAAAUUAUAAAAGGAAUUAAAUUCUUUAUUCCUCUGUUGUCAGAAUAUUAUUUAAAUAGAACAGAGUUAUUAUUGUCUAGUAUUUAUUGGGGAAAUAAUAUAACCCAUGUAUCAACAAACGCGUUGGAAGAAUUAACAAAUAAUAUAGAUCACAGUAGUGAUGAUGAAUAUUCCGCGUAUUUAGAUUACGAAGACUUUGGAUUAAAAGAUGUAAAUAGUAUUGGAUACGGAGUUAAUCUACAUAGUAACAGGAAAGAUAGUUUAUCUAGGGAUAGAGGUACAAAUAUGCUUAACUGUAGUAUGUCCUAUAAAGAAAAAGCAUUCAAGGAAAAAAUAAAAAAUACUACUAUUUUUGAUAACACAUACAUUUCGCUGAUAAAGAAAGAAAGUCCUGAGUUCAUCAGCAUUUUGAUAAGCUGGAAUAUAAUUGAAAAAAUUGACAAUCAUAUACGUGAUGAAAAAAAACAUUCGAAGAAAUUCUUUCUUCAUAAAAAGAAUUCUCCAGUGGUGUAUAUUGAUGAGCUUGCUAGUAGUAUAAUUAAAUUUUUUAGAUCCUUUUUUCAAGAUGAUAAGAGUCCGUUAUUAAAAUUUGAUAAGCCUGAAUGGGGGCUUAAAUAUUUAUUCUACCAAUCCAUUAUAAGUGGUUCAAUUAUAAAAAUGCUUAUGAGGUGUGUUAACAAGGAAGAUCUACAAGACAAUAUGAUAUUGCAUCGCGCACUGCAGGAUAUGAUUUUAUAUAAUAACAAGUACAAAAACGUUAAGGCGAAGGAUAGCGAUCAGACGGGUUACAACAGUAGUAGAAUUGGUAGUAGUAGUAAUAUAUAUAUGCCACAUAACAGUCAGGCGAACAUUAGUUUACCCAGUUCGGAUAGUAUGCCAUGGGGAGGAAAAGACAGGAUCGGAGAGAGCAGCAUGGAAAAGAAAUUAGAAAAUAUGAUAUUGGGAAAUGAAGAAGAUGAUUUAUAUGGUAUAGAGAAGGAAGAAGAGUUUAAGUUAGAUUAUAAGACAUAUUAUGAAACAUAUAAUAACAUGAAUAAUGAAGAGAAGGAAGAGUACUUUUACUUAAUAACGAAUUGUGAGCAAUUAUUGGAUAGACUUAAUUACUGCAUUAUAUCUGAAUGCAGAUUGUACAUUUUGAGUAGGAUUUCAUAUUUUGUUCAUAUGUAUUAUUCAGAAGAGGACAAAGAGGAUGUAAAAAAAUUAUUUUUAAAUUUCAUGCAUCAUAUUAUUAUGAUAUACGAUAAAUGGUCUUUAUAUGAUAGUAUUAAUUGUAAAUAUUUACUGAACGACUUUUUUAACAACACAUUUAUUCAUUUGACCUAUGAGGAGAAGUCUUCACAUCAGGAGGAAAACAAGGAGUAUAAUGACUACAAUGAGCAUAAUGACCACAAGGACAGCAACGACAUAGAGGAUAAUACAAAUAAUGAACAACGAAUAAGAGACCUUCUUACAUCAAAAACGUGUAACACAGAUGAAAUAAAAAGUGGUGUAUAUGUAAGGGAUUUCUUCAUAUCACUAGAAAACGAAUUUCUCACAGACAUUCUUAAAGAUAUGUCGACUAACAACUGCUGUGUACAAUUAAAGAACAGUAUAAUUUUAGAGGAUGGUGAUUGCAUAAAUGAGUACUGCCAUAUAUUUAUUGAACUUUUGAAAAAAAUAGAAAAGAGGAUAAUAUACUUUCAACAGAGUAAAGAAUUUAUAGAAGAUUAUAUUAACAACGUUGUAAAGAAAUUAUUAAUAAUUGUAAAAGACGAAUUUCGUAAUCACUGGAACAGUAUAAAUGAUUUGAUAGGAAAUUCUGAAAUGACAUGUUUAUUAUAUGUAUCUUUUUUUUCUAUAAAUAAAUUUCUUACCAAUUUUCAAUUUAGAGAUUAUAUGAAAGAUAUGAUUUCUAGUUUUGAUACCUUAGAAAAAAAAAUGUUACACAACUUUUUAGAUGCCUUUUAUCAUUUCAUAUCUAUACGUAUAUAUAAUUUAUUUUCUGUCAAUAAUGCAUUUCAUGAGUAUAUACUAAAUAAUGUAUAUAAGAUUAAAAAAUGUCUACCUUAUUACAUUUUCAUAAAUAUGUGUAAUAAAAUUUUGCGCAAGUUGGAUUACACUAUUUUGAAUUUCCUCAUGAAUCAGAAUACUUCCUUUUUACAUGAUGAAAGUUUGUUCAACACAUUUAUUAGUAAUUCUUUGUUAAUUUUACAAUACGUUCAAGACCUAAAUGCUAGGAACGACAUCUAUAUAAUGCCCUCGUUACAAGAAAUUGUAAAGUUACUGACUGAUGAUAUAGAUAACCUUAAAACAAAAAUUAACGAAAUUAAAAACAAUUAUAUACUGUUGAAUAAUAAGAACAAUUGGUUAGGUCUUGUUACUAAAUUUACCAGUGCUUUGUUGAAGGAAGACUCUAGUGAUGACAUGAAUUCUACUAAUGAAAACCUUGAAGAGGAAAAAGACGAGACCAAAAAUUCAAAAAUUUCGUUAAAAAAAAUUAAGCUUAUUUUGUUGAGGAGACCGGAUAUAAAACAUGUUGCAGAGAAAUCCAUUGUUAUUCAGGAAUUUGUUGAGUGGUGA